AUGGAGCCAUACCGGAGCUACACUGAGCACGCAGUGACCACCAGUUCACGGGGCGAGCUCAGCAGCGAGGCCGUCGCUGCGAUUGUUUUCGUCUCGUUCUACUUCGCCUUCUUCAUCUUCCUCAUGCAGCACGCCCGCUUCUUUGCACGCGUCCGCCGAGGACUGGUUGCUGCAGAGGCCCGCCGACGGGUGCAAAACAGCAGCGUCGCCGUCUGCGUCAUGAUCUUUCUUGCCCAUGUCCUGAGGGCCGUCCUCAUCAUCCCCUUUGACCUGUUCUACAGCGUCACCUGGAACACCUGUCUUGUCUGUAGCUGCGGCGAGCUCGAUCUGGACAACUGGGUCGGUCUCCCGGUCCAGGGCAUCACCGACCUCACCUACUACGAUUCCCCUGGCGUUGGUGUCUAUUGGUGGGACCUCAACUCGGACCUCCAGGGGGAGGGACACACGGCUCCGCCGCCAACAUAUCGGCCAUGGGUUCCAGGACACACUCGUGCACUGGAUCUCGAGGCACAGCGGGCCGAGGACAAUACUCGCUCUGAUGGAACUCGCUCACCACCUCCUCCAUAUGACAGCCUCGCGCCAUUCAACGAGGCCCCGCCAGCAUACCACAGCAUCUUCACUCCGGCAGUUGCCACAAGGGGUUGA